AUGGUCGACAUGUCGCUGUCGACCUUGAGGCAGGAUUGUGGCAUGGCGGGGGCGGAGCGGAGCCGGGGGCGGCCGGGGGCGGCGGCGCUGAUGCUCGGCCUGCUGGCGGCGGCGCUGGCGGCGGCCGCCGACCACGAGGCCCGUCUGGAGGCGGCGCGCCGCGUGCUGGCCGAGGCGCCGCUCAUCGACGGGCACAACGACCUGCCGUGGAACAUCCGCAAGUUCGUGCACAACCAGCUGAAGGAGUUCAACUUCGCCGCCGACCUGAAGGCCGUGGCGCCGUGGUCCAAGAGCCCGUGGUCGCACACGGACCUGCACCGACUGCGCCAGGGCAUGGUGGGCGGACAGUUCUGGGUGGCGUACGUGCCGUGCGAGUCGCAGAACCUGAACGCGGUCCAGCUCACUCUGGAGCAGAUUGACCUGAUCAAGCGACUCAUCGACAAGUACCAGCAGCACCUGCAGUUCGCGUCAUCCACCAAAGAGAUACUGGCGGCGCACAACGCAAGGAGGAUCGCGAGUCUGAUCGGCGUGGAGGGCGGACACAGCAUCGGCAACUCGCUGGCAGUGCUCAGGAUCCUGUACGACCUGGGCGUUCGCUACAUGACGCUCACGCACACCUGCCACACGCCCUGGGCGCAUUCUUCAUCCAUGGAGCAGCGAGCGACGUAUCCUGGCUACGGAGGACUGACGAACUUCGGCAAGGUGGUGGUGCUGGAGAUGAACCGGCUCGGCAUGAUGGUGGACCUGUCUCACGCCUCCGUGGCCACCAUGAAGGACGCGCUGGCCGUCAGCCGGGCGCCCGUCAUCUUCUCGCACUCCUCGGCCUUCGCGCUCUGCAACUCCACGCGCAACGUGCCCGACGACGUGCUGCGACACUUGGCCAGGAAUGGCGGUCUGGUGAUGGUCACCUUCUACAACUUCUUCGUGAAGUGCGGACCGGUGGCGACCGUGGCUGACGUGGCAGAACACAUCAAUUACAUUAAAAAUCUUAUCGGUGUGGAUCACAUUGGCGUAGGUGCAGACUUCGAUGGAAUAAACAGGACGCCGCAGGGGCUGGAGGACGUGUCCAUGUACCCGGGUCUGUUCGCCGAGCUGCUGAGGGGAGGUCGCUGGAGCCUGGCCGACCUCAGGAAGGUGGCCGGCCUCAACGUGCUCCGUGUGUUCGGCGCCGUCGAGCAGGUGCGGGACGAUAUGAAGGAGGCCGGCACAGCGCCCUCGGAGGAGUUCUUCUCCGGCCGCGUGGAGGAGGACAGCUCCAAGUGCUACUUCGACGUCGACGCCUCCGACAGGCUGACGGCUUGUUGAUGAGGCCUGGACAGCUCGCCCCGGACAGCGUCCUUCAGUUGAUAAGGCGCCUGGACAGCUCGCCCCGGACAGCUUCCUUCAGUUGAUGAGGCGCCCCGGACAGCUCUCAUCGGACAGCUUCCUUCAGUUGAUGAGGCGCCUGGACAGCUCGCCCCGGACAGCGUCCUUCAGUUGAUGAGGCGCCCCGGACAGCUCUCAUCGGACAGCUUC